AUGGGCUGUGCCAGCUUAUAUACUCACCUCUUGUUUCCACACAUACCAGCAAGUUCAAGACUUUUAGAGACUCCUCGUGGUAUAGGAACAGGAGCCGACCUGUGCAGACACAGGUCGUUGAGUCCAACAUGUUGGGCUAUUGGGGUUGGAAAUGUGUCUGAUAGUUUUUUCAAGGAUAAUGAAAUUGGGUCUCUGUUGGGUGUUUUUGAUGAGUCUGCUUCAGCACCAUUUGGGACGCUUGAUGCUGAAAUUACCCCUGAAACCAUUGAUUUCUUCGUCAGUGAUGCAGAGGGCGAUCCUGACUGCCCAACCAAAGGGUACGCUUCAAUUGAGCACGCUCUCAACACUUUACGUGAAGGAAAGUUUGUAAUUGUUGUAGACGAUGAAAACGGGGAUAUUGAAGGAAACCUUGUCAUGGCAGCAUCUCUUACAAGUCCUCAGCAUGUGUCGUUUAUGGUUAAGAAUGGAUCAGGAAUUGUUUCUGUAGGCAUGAAAGAGGAAGAUCUUGGAAGACUUAAGCUUCCUCUGAUGUCACCAGAGACAGAGAACGAAGAUUCUUCUGCUCCCACUUUCACAAUCACUGUGGAUGUAAAAUCCGGGACCUCUAUUGGAGUAUCAGCAUCAGACAGGGCUAAGACUGUUCUUGCUCUUUCAUCUCCUGAUUCCAAACCUGAAGAUUUUAGAAGGCCAGGCCAUGUGUUUCCACUUAAGUAUCGCAAUGGUGGGGUUUUAAGAAGAGCUGGUCAUACUGAGGCUUCUGUAGAUUUGGUAAUGCUGGCUGGAUUGCCACCAAUUUCUGUUCUUUCAGCGAUUAUUGAUCCAGAAGAUGGUUCUAUUGCCUCCUUAGCUGAUUUAAGAAAGUUGGCAUUGGAGCACAACAUACCAAUCGUCUCAAUAACUGAUUUAAUAAGGUACCGGAGGAAGAGGGAACAUUUAGUGGAGAGAAGUGCUAUUUCUCGUCUACCUACAAAAUGGGGUCUCUUUCAAGCCUACUGCUACCGCUCGAAGCUAGACGGUACAGAACAUUUAGCUAUAGUCAAGGGAAAUAUUGGAGAUGGACAGGAUGUUUUAGUAAGAGUUCAUUCAGAAUGUUUAACAGGGGAUAUAUUGGGAUCCGCUCGUUGUGAUUGUGGCAACCAGUUGGAUUUGGCAAUGCAGUUAAUUGAGCAAGCUGGUAGAGGGAUCCUUGUUUAUCUUCGAGGUCAUGAAGGAAGAGGAAUCGGCCUUGGUCACAAACUUCGAGCCUACAAUUUGCAGGAUCAAGGUCAUGACACGGUACAGGCUAACAUUGAACUUGGAUUAGCUGUUGAUGCACGCGAAUAUGGUAUUGGCGCUCAGAUUCUAAGAGACAUAGGGGUCCGAACGAUGCGCCUGAUGACUAACAACCCUGCCAAGUUCACUGGCUUGAAGGGCUACGGCUUGGCUGUUGUUGGACGGGUGCCUAUCUUCACACCCAUUACAGACGAAAACAAGAGGUACUUGGAAACCAAGCGUACCAAGAUGGGUCAUAUAUAUGGGUCUGAUAUACGAGGACCAUUAGCUGGAUUCAUCAACCCCACUGAAAAUAACACACAAUCACCAGAGGAGGAAUGA